GAGGAGUGGUAGUGAAGCUAAAGGCAGGUCUUGGUGAACGUCAGCGGCACAAUCUGGGAAACAAAUCGACCAAGAUUUCUGACGACUUAGCUCAUGCACCCAACGUUUGUACACCUCAGGAAGACGUUUUCCUAUUUUACCUGUGGCAAUGUAGCGCCUUUCACAGCGAGCACGAUCGCAGAUCUGAUGGCAGUAUUACAGAGUAUUUUUAUCUGUAAAUGAGAUAGACCAUCAGCGAAGAUAUUAAAGCCAUAGUGUGUUGAUGUGGGGGAAGCGGUGAGGAAAACAUCUUCUUGGUAGCUGCAGUGUUGAAGCAACAAAAUGGGGAACAGUGCACUCAAAGCUCAUCUAGAGACCUCCCAGAAAACAGGAGUGUUCCAACUUACUGGCAAGGGAUUGGCAGAGUUUCCAGAAGAGCUUCAGACGUUAUCCAGCCUGCGAACAGUUGAUCUGUCCAAUAACAAGAUUGAAGUGUUGCCCAGCUUCAUUGGUGUAUUCUCAGUGCUCAAGAGUCUUACUUUGAACUGCAACAAACUUGCCUGCAUUCCUGAUGAGAUUGGGAAGUUAAAGAAACUUGAAACUCUGCAUCUCAACGGGAACCAGCUGAAGCACUUGCCAGCCACUCUAGGACAGCUCAGUGCUUUGCGUACUCUUGGCCUCUCUGGCAAUCGUUUUAAAGAAUUUCCAGGACACUUGGGUACACUUAGACAUUUGGACUUGCUGGACAUAUCCAAGAAUCAUAUUCAAGUCAUCCCAGACCACGUGCAAGAGCUUCAGACCAUAGAGCUCAACUUAAAUCAGAACCAGAUCUCAUCUGUAUCCCCAGAUGUGGCCCGCUGUCCACGUUUGAAGGUCCUAAGACUAGAGGAGAACUGCCUGGAGUUGUCUUCUCUUCCCUUAGCUAUCUUGAGUGAUUCCCAGGUGUCCUUGCUCGCUGUGGAAGGAAACCUCUUUGAGAUCAAGAAGCUCAGGGAACUGGAUGGUUAUGACAAGUAUAUGGAACGAUUUACUGCAACCAAGAAAAAGUUUGCUUGAAGAAGAAUGUGGGUGGUCCUAAUGUCCUGCAAGAGAGCUGGACCUUCUCAUAGCACAUUACGAAAAGAGACUUGUGGUGAUCAUGAAGCCAAGUGGGAUUUUAAUAUGUAUAAAUGAAGUCUCUGAGGUCUGAAAGAAGACAGAUGAUUAACAAAAGAGUCGGUUAGGCACUGCUUUAAAAUAUUGAUGGAACACUAUGAAGUAUGAAUACCCAUAUUUAUUAUGUACACGCUGACUCACUACAUAGCUACUGCAUCUUUCUCAGGAAUGCUUGAUUUUUACUAUCUUUUUUGCAGUAGAUCCUUCCAGCUUUCCAGACUACAGACUUUGGUAGUAAACACUAGGCAUGAACAAUGAAAUUGCUGAAUUUUAUAUCCAUUAUAUUAAAUACUUACCUUUUGAAGCAAAUGAAAUAACUUGCUGCUGUAUUCCUUAACAGACCGCAUUAAAAUCGGAGGCUUUCACCUUACUGGUGCAAUCUGAGUGGAAUGCCCUUGUCUGUGGAACUAAGAAGUGUUUGAAUUCAAAUAAAAUAUCUUCUAACUCA